AUGGUGAUGAUGAUCCCCAUUGUUGAUAUGGUCACCUUAAUCGCCAUCACUCUGUUGCCAAAAUAUGAACCCCAAGGUGCCCGGGACCAUCUCGGCGGCACGGCCGCAGCAGCCGUGCUCGGGCCGUGGGUGAGGCAGCCGGAGACACUCUCCACAGCCGACCUGACCAAUGCACUGGCUGCCCAGAUGCAAGAGCAAGGUUGCUUGCGGUCGAUGUUCGGGCUGGCAGCAUACAAGUAUGGCUUUGCACACAGGCGCCGGAACUGGGACGUGAAAGGGGUGGCAGUGCAGCAGUCGAGCGACCCAACCAAGAUUCUAUCGUCGCUCAAUGCCGUUACAGAGAUGUCAGGUGCAGUCGGCGACACAGAUGUGGAGUCCAAGAAGGAGGUCACCAACCUGGCCCUUUCGGCGCUGGAGAGCGUAGAGGCGACGGAAGAAAGCUUGCAGCAACUGGGAGACAGUGUCACGAAGGUUGUGGAGUCGAGCGGGACAGCGGCUGACGAAUCUGCAUUGACGCGCGUGAAAAGUGUGACCUCCAAGCUGGUGUCGCUGAUUUCCGGCCUGGGCCAAGCGGCGGUGAAGUCGCUGGAGCCUGGAGAGCUCCAGGAGGGCGAGCCCAUAAACGGCUCCGACCCUCGUCAGUGUCGCAGCUACACGUAUACUCUAGCCCUUUGCUUUUAUUUGGAUCCUUUCUAUUACUGGGUUGUCUUGAGAAGUGGCUACAGAGUGAAGCUGCUAUCAAUUCCAGCUUCCGCGUUCGCUGGCCGACGACUGGAAACCUCGUGCGACAGCAUGGAGCUGCAAAGCACCGAGUGGCUGAAGAGCAACCCGCACAGCUACGCGCGAAGCGUUGCCGGGGCCAGUGGCACAGUGCCCGAGGAUGCUGCGUUUUCGGAUCUGUUCGCAGACCGGGAAGGCUUUGCGAAGUGCUAUGCAACGGACGUCCUCAACGUGGAGCUUCGGUACUGCGGCAAAACGGUUCUGUCUGUGAGCUAG